GGGUUUUUGCCUCAAGAGCCCAACCCUGGGGUGUGAAUCCCCGGGAAGGCGGUUGGGGAUGGGUUUGGUGUUGGGAUCUGCUUACGGGGGGGGGAGUUUUACCUCUUGUCUUUCAGGGAGGUGUGGUGGCACCAGCCAUGGAGCCGUACGUGCUGCUGGACCCGCGACAGCGAGCGUUGUAUCGCGACGUGAUGCAGGAGAGCUACGAGACCCUGAUGGCGCUGGGUGAGGAGCCUCCCCCCAUCCCGUGGGGGAAAAUUCAGGCUGGACGGAGGAUCCGGCUUGUUGGAUCCUCACGUCUUCACCCAAGGGGUGUUGGGGAUCCCCCCCCGACUCACGUUGCUCAUCCCUCCUUCUCCUUUCCAGAAUUCCCCGUUUCUAAACCCGAUCUCCUGUCCCGCCUGGACCACAGGGAUGAACCUACAGCCCUGGAUCUCCACGUGCCCAGGGACGCCCCGGCCGCAGGCUGCAAAGGGAAGAAAGAUGCUGGGGAGGAGAGAGUGUAAUGCCAGAGGGAUGUCCUGGCCCAAAAUGGAAAUGCUGAGCCCAUUUCCUAGCCAGGAGCGUUUCUGGGGCGGUGGAUGAAUUACCACGAGGAGCGAUGGGGAUCGGCGAAGCGCUGGAAGUGUUUACCUGGAGGAGCGUGUGAAAUGAAAAAGGAGGAGGAAUCCCUCCUUGUUUUCCUUUUUCUACCACCGUCCCACCUCCCCACAGCCCCGUCUCCUGCCUGGGUGGUGUCUGUCUCUUUUUUUUGUGCC